UAAGAACUGAUAAGUGCUGACCAAGUGACCAUCCAUUUUGAAACAGCAACCGAGAGAUUUGAGCGUGAUAAGACAAAAAAAACUUCCCCGCUCUAAACGAUGGGGUCAUCGCCGCACGUCGCCGUGGUGGCCUUCCCCUUCAGCUCCCACGCCCCCAAGCUCCUCGCGGUGGCGCGCGCCCUCGCCACCGCGGCGCCGUCCGCGACCUUCUCCUUCCUCUCCACCGCCGGCUCCCUCGAGCGGCUCCGAGGCGCCGGCGCGGCCGUCCCGGGGAACCUGCGCUUGGUGGAGGUACCCACGGGAGGCGGGGACGACGACGAGGAGGACACGCCGGCGUGGCGCCGGAUGGAGCUCUUCGUGGAGGCCGCCGAGGCCGGCGGGCUCAAGCAGUCGCUGGAAGCGGCGGCCCGCGCCGCGGCGCCUGCUGGGGCCGCCGCGACGGUGACCUGCGUGGUCGGCGACGCCUUCAUGUCCAUGGCCGCCGAGGCCGGCGUGCCCUGGGUCGCGGUUUGGACGGGCGGCCCGUGCGCUCUCCUGGCGCACCUCCUCGGUGACGCGCUGCGCGAGGACAUCGGCGACCACGCGGCGAGCCGGGGUGACGAGCUUCUGACCUCCCACGCGGGCCUCGGGAGCUUCCGCGUGCGUGACCUCCCCUUCGGUGGCGCCAACCCCAGCGGCGAGAUGCACCGCGUCAUGAGCCUUCUCCUCCACCGCGUCGCACGGAGGUUGCCCCGCGCCGCCAGUGCCGUCGCGCUCAAUGCGUUCCCGGGCCUCUUUCCGCCGGACGUCUCCGCCGCCCUCGACGGCGCACUCCCCAACAGCCUCGCCCUCGGGCCGUACCACCUCCUCCCGGGCGCCGCCGCCCCGGCCGCCUCCGGCGACCCCCACGGCUGCCUCGCCUGGCUCGACCGCCGGCCCGAGCGCGCCGUGGUGUACGUCAGCUUCGGCACGGUGGCCGCGCUGCCGCCGGACGAGCUGCGCCAGCUGGCCUCGGGGCUCGAGGCCGCCGGCGCGCCGUUCCUGUGGUCUCUCCGGGAGGAGUCAUGGCCGCUGCUCCCGCCGGGGUUCCUGGACCGCGCCGGGGCCAGUGGCUCCGGCACCGGCCUCGUCGUGCCGUGGGCGCCGCAGGGCGCCGUGCUAAGGCACCCGGCGGUGGGCGCGUUCGUCGCGCACUCCGGUUGGGGGGCGGUCGUCGAAGGGAUGUCGGGCGGCGUGCCCAUGGCGUGCCGCCCCUUCUUCGGCGACCAGCAGAUGAACGCCCGCGCCGUGGCGGAGCUGUGGGGUUUCGGCACGUCGUUCGAAGAUAGCGGGCCGAUGACACGCGGCGGAGUGGCGGCGGCGGUGACGUCGCUGCUCGCCGGGGAGGAAGGGGCCCCGAUGAGGGCCAGGGCGCGGGAGCUGCAGGCCAAGGUUGACGAGGCGUUCCAGCCCGACGGCGGAUCCAUGAACAACUUCCGCAAGUUUGUCGAGAUAGUGUGUGCUCGUGCGUGAUGCAUGGAGUUGUGCGUUCGGCCAUGCACUCGAGAUCAGAAACAACUCUCUUACAGUAAAAAGUACAAACAAACGGAAGUCUCUUAAGGACCUAUUUCGAUCUAACGGGUCAUAUCGAUAAGGAUCUGUCUACACACCUGCCCUGGCAAAUUAGAAGGCAAAACUAUUUUAAUUCCUAAUGGGUUUAAUUUGUCACUUAAUAACAACACAACACGAUCAGGUUGAAGGAACAUAUUCACAAUUGUUCCCAUGAGUGUACAUAUAUGUUUGCCGCCAUCUUUGUGAUGAGCCCUAUCAUGAAAGAUGCUAGUACUUCCUCCGUUUCAAUUACAGUUCACUUUAACUU